GCGCUCCGGAGAGUUUUCCCUCCCCAGGCCCAGCUUUCUCAGGUUUGCCUUUUAAUUCCCGGGAUUUCCUGUUCCGGAGGCGCGGGUGGCACCUCUGCCUUGGUGGCUGUUAUAGUAACCAUUGAUGGCGGCGACUCCGGGACUCUUUAGGCUGUGAAGGAUGCAGGAAUGACUGAAUGAACCCAUAAUUUCAAGGAUCUAGUAACAUGCUGGAAGAGAUCAACAUGGAAGACAUACACGAUUGUCACAUGCAGCAGAUUCUGAACUUACAUCGGAAGUUGUAGCUUAUCUACAGGACACAUCGCAAUGCAAGGCAAUACGUGUCAUAGAAUGUCGUACCACCCAGGACGAGGGUGUCCCCGGGGACGAGGAGGACACGGAGCCAGACCCUCAGCACCAGCUUUCAGGCCCCAAAAUCUGAGGCUCCUUCAUCCCCAGCAGCCUCCUGCGCAGUAUCAAUAUGAGCCUCCGAGCGCCCCCUCUUCCUCGUACUCGAACUCUCAAGCCCCCAACUUUAUGCCCCCACGACCAGACUUUGUUCCUUACCCUCCGCCCGUAGCCCCGUCAGCGCAAGGCCCUCUCCCACCCUGCCCAGUUCGGCCGCCUUACCCCAACCACCAGAUGCGACACCCUUUCCCAGUGCCUCCCUGCUUUCCGCCCAUGCCCCCUCCAAUGCCUUGUCCCAAUAACCCCCCAGUCUCUGGAGCGCCCCCCGGACAAGGCACCUUCCCCUUCAUGGUCCCGCCCCCUUCCAUGCCCCACCCACCGCCCCCGCCCGUCAUGCCGCAGCAGGUCAAUUACCAGUACCCUCCCGGGUACUCGCACAGUUUCCCACCUCCCAGUUUCAACAGUUACCAGAACAGCUCCAGUUCUUUCCCACCCAGUGCUAACAACAGCAGCACUCCUCAUUUCCGACAUCUCCCGCCAUACUCACUCCCAAAGGCUCAGAGUGAGAGAAGGUCCCCAGAGAGGCUUAAGCACUACGACGACCACAGGCACCGAGAUCACGAUCACAGUCACGGGCGAGGGGAGCGCCACCGCUCCCUGGAGCGCAGGGAGCGCGGCCGCAGCCCCGAGAGGAGGAGACCCGACAGCCGCUACCGCUCCGAGUAUGACCGGGGGAGGACGCCGCCGCCGCCUCGCCACCGCAGCUACGAAAGGAGCAGAGAGCGGGAACGAGAGAGACACAGGCACCGGGAGAACCGCAGGUCGCCGUCUCUGGAAAGGUCCUACAAAAAAGAGUAUAAGAGAUCUGGAAGGAAUUAUGGUUUACCUGUUGCUCCUGAACCCGCUGGGUGCGCACCAGAAUCCCCUGGGGAGAUAAUUAAAACUACAGAUUCUUGGACCCCACCUCCAGAGAAUCUGAAUCAUCGUUCUCCAAGCAGGGAGAAGAAAAGGGCUCGUUGGGAGGAGGAGAAAGACAGAUGGAGUGACAGCCAGAGCUCCGGCAAGGAGAAGAACUAUACGUCCAUCAAAGAAAAGGAGCCAGAGGAGGCGCCUCCUGAGAAGGCCGAGGAGGAGGACGAAGAGCUCCUUAAGCCCGUGUGGGUCCGGUGCACACAUUCAGAAAGCUAUUACUCCAGUGACCCCAUGGAUCAGGUGGGAGACUCUACUGUCGUAGGAACAAGCAGACUCCGUGAUUUGUAUGACAAAUUUGAGGAAGAAUUGGGGAACAGGCAAGAGAAAGCCAAAGCCGCCCGGCCUCCGUGGGAGCCUCCGAAGACAAAGCUAGAUGAAGAUUUAGAGAGUUCCAGCGAAUCUGAGUGUGAGACGGACGAGGAUAGCACCUGUUCAAGCAGCUCAGACUCCGAGGUGUUCGACGUCAUUGCAGAGAUUAAACGCAAAAAGGCUCACCCCGACCGGCUUCACGACGAGCUCUGGUACAACGACCCGGGCCAGAUGAACGAUGGACCACUUUGCAAGUGUAGUGCGAAAGCAAGACGCACGGGAAUUCGGCACAGCAUUUAUCCCGGAGAAGAGGCAAUCAAGCCCUGCCGUCCGAUGACCAACAACGCUGGACGGCUUUUCCACUAUCGGAUCACCGUCUCCCCUCCUACCAACUUUUUAACUGACAGGCCAACAGUCAUAGAAUAUGAUGAUCAUGAGUAUAUCUUUGAAGGAUUUUCUAUGUUUGCACAUGCCCCUCUGACCAAUAUCCCACUGUGUAAAGUAAUUCGAUUCAACAUAGACUACACGAUUCACUUUAUUGAAGAGAUGAUGCCUGAGAAUUUUUGUGUGAAAGGACUUGAACUGUUUUCAUUGUUCCUAUUCAGAGAUAUUUUGGAAUUAUAUGACUGGAAUCUUAAAGGUCCUUUGUUUGAAGACAGCCCUCCCUGCUGUCCGAGGUUUCAUUUCAUGCCACGUUUCGUAAGAUUUCUUCCAGAUGGAGGCAAAGAAGUGCUGUCAAUGCACCAGAUUCUCCUCUACCUGCUCCGGUGCAGCAAAGCUUUGGUACCCGAGGAGGAGAUCGCCAAUAUGCUGCAGUGGGAGGAGCUUGAGUGGCAGAAGUAUGCGGAAGAGUGCAAAGGCAUGAUCGUGACCAACCCUGGGACGAAACCAAGCUCUGUCCGCAUUGAUCAGCUGGAUCGUGAACAGUUCAACCUUGAAGUGAUCACUUUUCCAAUUAUCGUUCACUUUGGGAUCCGCCCUGCACAGUUGAGUUAUGCAGGAGACCCACAGUACCAGAAAUUAUGGAAAAGCUAUGUGAAACUUCGCCACCUCCUAGCAAACAGCCCCAAAGUCAAACAAACUGACAAGCAGAAGCUGGCUCAGAGGGAGGAAGCGCUCCAGAAAAUACGGCAGAAGAACACGAUGCGGCGAGAAGUCACCGUGGAGCUGAGUAGCCAAGGAUUCUGGAAAACUGGCAUUCGUUCUGAUGUCUGUCAGCAUGCAAUGAUGCUGCCUGUUCUGACCCAUCACAUCCGAUACCAUCAGUGCUUAAUGCACUUGGACAAGUUGAUAGGAUAUACUUUCCAAGACCGUUGUCUGCUCCAGCUGGCCAUGACUCAUCCGAGCCAUCAUUUAAAUUUUGGAAUGAAUCCUGAUCAUGCCAGGAAUUCGUUGUCUAACUGUGGAAUUCGACAGCCCAAAUACGGAGACAGAAAAGUCCAUCACAUGCACAUGCGGAAGAAAGGAAUUAACACCCUAAUAAAUAUCAUGUCACGCCUCGGCCAAGAUGACCCAACUCCUUCAAGGAUUAAUCACAAUGAAAGGUUGGAGUUCCUGGGAGAUGCUGUUGUUGAGUUUCUGACCAGUGUCCACCUGUACUAUUUGUUUCCAAGCUUGGAGGAAGGGGGCUUGGCCACUUAUCGGACUGCCAUCGUUCAGAAUCAGCACCUCGCCAUGCUUGCAAAGAAACUUGAACUGGAUCGAUUUAUGCUGUAUGCCCAUGGGCCGGACCUAUGUAGAGAAUCAGAUCUCCGCCAUGCCAUGGCCAAUUGUUUCGAAGCAUUGAUAGGAGCUGUUUACCUGGAGGGAAGCCUGGAGGAGGCGAAGCAGUUGUUCGGACGCUUGCUCUUUAACGAUCCGGACCUGCGAGAAGUCUGGCUCAAUUAUCCUCUCCACCCACUCCAACUACAAGAGCCGAAUACGGAUCGACAGCUUAUUGAAACGUCCCCAGUUCUACAGAAACUCACCGAGUUCGAAGACGCAAUUGGCGUGAUCUUCACUCAUGUGCGGCUCCUGGCGCGGGCGUUCACCCUGAGAACCGUGGGCUUUAACCACCUGACCCUAGGCCACAAUCAGAGGAUGGAAUUUCUAGGUGACUCCAUAAUGCAGCUGGUAGCCACGGAGUACUUGUUCAUUCAUUUCCCAGACCACCAUGAAGGCCAUUUGACGUUGUUACGAAGUUCCUUAGUGAACAACAGAACUCAAGCCAAGGUAGCAGAGGAGCUGGGUAUGCAAGAGUACGCCAUCACCAACGACAAAACCAAGAGACCUGUGGCCCUGAGAACCAAGACUCUGGCAGACCUUUUGGAAUCAUUUAUUGCAGCGCUGUACAUUGACAAGGACUUGGAAUAUGUUCACACUUUCAUGAACGUCUGCUUCUUUCCACGGCUGAAGGAGUUCAUCCUGAAUCAGGAUUGGAAUGACCCCAAGUCGCAGCUGCAGCAGUGCUGCCUGACCCUGAGGACAGAAGGGAAGGAGCCGGACAUCCCCUUAUACAAGACUCUGCAGACAGUGGGGCCAUCGCACGCGAGAACCUACACUGUGGCUGUUUAUUUCAAGGGAGAAAGGAUAGGCUGUGGGAAAGGACCGAGCAUUCAGCAGGCAGAAAUGGGAGCAGCCAUGGAUGCCCUUGAUAAAUAUAACUUUCCCCAGAUGGCUCAUCAGAAGCGGUUCAUUGAACGGAAAUACAGACAAGAGCUAAAAGAGAUGAGGUGGGAAAGAGAGCAUCAGGAGAGAGAGCCGGAGGAGGCUGAAGACGUCAAGAAGUGAGGGAGGCGUGGAAAAGGUGCCACCUUGGCUUCUGAAGAACUGUGACUGCGGCCCAUCGAGACCCAGCCUGGUUUUCCUACAGACGGUGAAUGAAGUAUGCCCACUGAAAUAAAACUCAGAGCCACGCUGCUGCUGUUGUCUUAAUGAUUGAACGUUCUGUUUGUAGCUGGAUGGUCUUUGUUACAGAGUAUUCGAGUCCUGUUUAGUGGACACGGAUUAUCCCCUUUAUUUUGCUCUUUAAAGAAUAAAAUCCAGGCAGGCAUAUCCUAUGGAGUGGUUGCUGUUUGCUGUUUCAGACUGUCAGCGGAUAGGGGACACACUCACUUUACCAGGUAUUUUUGGUAUUUGUUACUCCUGCCUGUGGUAACAGCUUUACUCUUGAAAUAUGUAUUAUUGGUCACAUUUUUCGGCUUUCAUCUGUGCUGAUCCUGAAGCUAACCCAUUCCAAGCAGUGCACUGAGUCCUGUGUAAGAGAAUCCUGUUACUCUAUCCAGUUACUCUGGCGGGAGAAGGACUCAGUCAGAGUCCUACAUAUUCUCUGAGUCGUCAGAAUAGGCAAGACGUUGUUGUGCUGAGUUAGAACAUUCUCUGAAACAGCUGCGUGCUCUCUCUCUCUCUCUCUCUCUCUCUCUCUCUCUUCUGGGGUUUAGAGAGACUUUGGGGGUGUUUCAGAGUCUCCUGAAGUUGUAUUUAAUUUUUUGCGUGUAGAGGAUGGGUACAAAGGGCUGGGAGUCGGGAGGAAAAGUUCUCGUAGCCCUAAGCAGCUUCUCUGUGGUCCCCCAGUAAAGAGACAGGACGUUUUUUAAGUUAUUUUACACUGAACAUCAGAGGUUUCUUAUUAAUAAAAGCAAAACUUGUAAGACA